AUGUCGAGAUCCUUCACAGGCUGCAAGAGAUGUAAGGCGCGCCGACAAAAAUGCGACGAGCAGCGACCGAGCUGCGGGCGCUGCCAGACCGCAGGCGAGCAGUGCCAUUAUGCGAUGCAGUUGCAGUGGGGAGGACGGACGUUCUCACGAUCCCGGUUCGGGGCCUGCGUUGGGGGGACCGGAGGUAUGCAGAGACUUGAAUAUUCUCCAGGAGAAUUCAUCUACACCACCAAGGCGACGGCACAGCCAGUCAGCGCCAGAACCGCAUCAGAUCUGACUCUAUCGCAACCCGUCGAUCCCUUUUCAUCCUUGUCCUCCGACCAAAAGGCUUUACUGCACCAUUUUAUACACGAUGCCUCGCAGAUUACCGCCUCGCAUUCCGGGAUGCAGCAGGACAUAUGCCGCAUGCUCAUCCCCAUGGCUCUUCAGACCCCUUCCUUACUCUAUGCCACCACCGCCCUCUCAGCGAUCCAUAUACAAGCCCUGAAUAAUCAGUCGGAGACAGCCAAAACAGCACCGGAUAUUGCCAGGCUAAUGGCUCUCAGCCUUGAACACUUCCGAAAAGAGCUGGGGAAUCCUUCGUCGAAGGACUCGGAGGCUCUGGUAGCGACGGCCCGGACCCUUUGCUUAGCUGAGAUUCAUUCCGGGGCGAUCAAUCCGAACUCAUGGAGAGCACAUAUCGACGGGGCGAGGGCAUUGAUGAGAGCUGCGGAUGCCACUGGUGAAGAGUCACCACGGUCUACCAGCGGGUUCCGGCGGUAUUUAGAUCGCUGGUACUGGUCGAUUGUGUCGCUCACGGCAUUGACGGGGAAUGGUCCACCCAUUGGAGAUGUCUCGGACUUUGCCUCGUCUGAUUUGAUGGGGCUGGGGGGUUCUACCGAUUAUCUAGAUGACUAUUGGGGUUUCAGUGUAGACCUAGCGGCCGUUUUCCGGCAGAUUGGUGCUGCGGCCUGGCGAAGCCAGGAAGCAGAGAAGACCGGACAGGGCUUCGUUGCUGGGGAGGUUGACAGCAGUGUGGAGGAUGAUGCCGCGUCCUUGGAAUCUGCGAUUCGUCAGCUUAUGAAUCGCGACUCAGAUUCACAGCCAUCGUUCUACCCAGGGGCUGCUGAGGGGCUGUCGCCGGAGAGCGCGCAACAACUUUUACUCUGCAAUGAGGCGUUCCAACACAGUGCGCUUAUCCAGAUCCACCGACGUCUUCGGAAGACACCAAGUUCCUCGCCAGAAGUGCAGCAGUCGGUCCAACGCAUCCUAGAGUGCACGGCCCAAAUUGGCCCAUCGUCAGGGCUCUCGCCUUGGGUGAUGCUAACGACGCCAAUCUUCAUUGCGGGAUGCGAGGCACAUGGCGAAGAUCGGGCAAUAGUCCGGCAGUUGCUAUCGUCAUUGCAUGAGACUAUCCGUAUACCGAAUGUCCUUCAGUCACUGAAGUUCCUCGAGCAGUAUUGGUCUAACCAGCUUGGCGAAGAAGAAGACUGGAGCCACUUCCUUGAUCGAAUGCAGUUCGACUUUAUCCCUUACUAG